CCCAAACACGUUUUGAUUCAGGAAAUGCCUGUAGCCUAUUCAAAAUCUUGAAAUAAUGGAGUUGUUUGUCUUAGGCAUUUGCGUAUUUCGUAAUGUUGUUCAGUAUCAGGUAGCUAUCAAACUGCACAAGUCGCUGCAUCGUUAAGCUAUAUGACUCAAAUGAGCCAACUUUACAAGGGUCCUUUAAGAAGAGGUGGGUUCACCUGUAACUCAAAUCACUAGCCUACCUGUAAACGCAAUAUUAUAUAUAGGCUAGCUAGCCUAUAUCGAAAUAUUGAAUCGUUGCUUUUUCAGAUAUCAUUUAUAGUUAUUUCCCCCACAACCCUUCCAUGUAAAUGUAUAGGUUAUCCUGAGAAAUAGUAAACUUGAUUGUCGUGGAUUAAGAAAAAAACUUUUUCUGGAAGAGACGUAAACGAACCAGUUUCACUUCGUCCUCCAAUGGCUAUCCGAAGUGUUAUUUUAUGUAUUGGAGUUUACUUUGGUUAUCCUGAGAAAUAGUCAACUUGAUUGUCGUGGAUUAAGAAAAAAACUUUUUCUGGAAGAGACGUAAACGAACCAGUUUCACUUCGUCCUCCAAUGGCUAUCCGAAGUGUUAUUUUAUGUAUUGGAGUUUACUUUGUGUUUGUGAAGGCGGCAGACGCCGAGCAUGGAAAACUCGGAGGGAAGAUCACAUUGGUCCCCACUGUCAAGGGACAAAUGGACGAGAUAUUGUGGAAACAUAAGGGUAAUAAAGUGGUGGAGUUCGAUGGUAGCCAGAACAAGGAGUUUGGCUCUUAUGUGGGUAGGACCGUCCUAGACUUUGUCACCGGAGAGCUAAUAAUCAGUGCCCUCACUACCGAAGACAGCGGACAUUAUGAGUUAGAAGCACACAUCAACAACCUGCUGAAGUACUCACAACAUCAAGUGGAGGUCAUCGCUGAAGUGGCACAACCCACCAUUAUUUGUGUGCUCAACGAUACCAAGACGACUGCUUCCAUGGCAACACUGCAGUGCAAUGCAGACCCUCAAGACCAACAGUCCCCAAUGACAUACAGCUGGGAGGGGUUGGAGGGCACAUUGCUUAGCUCUUCAUCCAUUGAUCAAAAGUUGUCCAUCGUUGUUAAGGACAGACAUGACAAGGCAGUCUUCCAGUGUUCAGUUAGCAACCUUGUGAGUAAGAAGCAGGCCCAAUUCCAAGUGAAGAACUGCUUCACAGACGAAAGCUCAUCUACAGUACUGGCUGUCUGUCUUUCCCUGUUGUGCCUGGUCAUUUUGCUGAUCUUGGCUGUUCUGGCCUUGUGGUUUUAUAAGAGACACAAGAAAGCAGAACCUGCUCUCAACAAGCAAGAUAAUGUGGAGAAUCCUUCGGAGCAAAAACAAGUGAAGGAGGAGAGAAAACUAUUUGAUAGACUGGCAAAGCAGCAGAUUCCAACAAAAGGGAGACUGGAUGACCAGAAUGGGACAGAACCUGCUCUCAACAAGCAAGAUGAUGAGGAUGAUCCUCUGUUACCAGGACACGUGAAGGAGAAGGGAAAACAUUUUGAAAGACUGGCAAGGCAGCAGACUCCAACAAAAGGGAGACUGGAUGACCAGAAUGGGACAGAACCUGCUCUCAACAAGCAAGAUGAUGAGGAUGAUCCUCUGUUACCAAGACACGUGAAGGAGAAGGGAAAACAUUUUGAAAGACUGGCAAGGCAGCAGACUCCAACAAAAGGGAGACUGGAUGACCAGAAUGGGACAGAACCUGCUCUCAACAAGCAAGAUGAUGAGGAUGAUCCUCUGUUACCAGGACACGUGAAGGAGAAGGGAAAACAUUUUGAAAGACUGGCAAGGCAGCAGACUCCAACAAAAGAGAGACUGGAUGACCAGAACGGAAAUAAGAAGCAGGAGAACAUUGAAAGAACUGAAGGUAACUCCACACUCCCCAGCACUCAAGCAUUACCUCAACAAGCUCAAAAUGAAGAGAAGAGGUCUGGUCCACCCUCACCCUCCCAAGCCAGCAUGAUCCAGUCAGACCAGAACAUAUUACAACCUGGACAAGAGACAGUACCAGACCAGGACCCAGCAGAGCCUGUGGAGGUCAGUCUCCCUGACCAGAAGAGUGUAGUGGCCUCAAUAACAAAGGAACCCACAGAUCCGGCCAUACCAGACCCAGAACCAGAAGGACCGACAUGUCCCACAAAGCAGGACACGGGCGCAGAAGAAACCGGAAAUCAGAAACAACCAGAUGCAGACAUAUUGGGAAAAACUGGGUUGCUGACAAACCCAAACAAUCCCACACAGGCUGGGUCAGAACCAGAGGCUCCCAAAAAUCAGUUUGACACAAAUACAGAAGCCACAUCUGAGGUUCCAGCUAAGGGUCAUCAGGUUGAAAACUCUGAGAGCUGUUCAACCUCUCCUGGCGGGGAGGAAGGGGAUAAAGAUGGGUUAAAGAAGGCAGAAAAAGAGAUAGAGCCAAGGAAUGGGGAAACAAAUGAUGAGACAAAUGAUGAUAGAAUUGACAAAGAUGCCAUGGACCAAAAUGGAGAGGAAGCAAUCAAAAAGACAGAGCAAAAGAAAGAACACAGUUCUCAAUUUUCUACGUUGAGCCCCAAAGAUGAUCAGAUAAAUGGAAGCACACUAGACGCUGUAGCUGUCUCCAAGCCUACAGAACCGAGUCAAGACCAACCAGAACUGGAUGACUCAAAAGCUGUUAGAGAUGUGGACCUAUGUCAACAGAAGCCAAACUCCCAGAGUGGUUCCAUCUCUCCUGGGGGGGUAGUAGGCAGUGAAAAAGGAUCAAAGGAGGCAGAAGAAGAGAUGGAGGCAGGGGAUGUGGAAAAAGAGAUACCCGAAGGGGGGGGUGAUCAUUCUAUCAGGAUAGAUGGAAACAUGAAGACGGAUGAUGAGGAAAAUAAGAAAUCAUUUGUGGCAGUGGGGGACACUGUAGCUGUCUCCAAGCCUACAGAACCGAGUCAAGACCAACCAGAACCGGAUGACUCAAAAGCUGUUAGAGAUGUGGACCUAUGUCAACAGAAGCCAAACUCCCAGAGUGGUUCCAUCUCUCCUGGGGGGGUAGUAGGCAGUGAAAAAGGAUCAAAGGAAGCAGAAGAAGAGAUGGAGGCAGGGGAUGUGGAAAAAGAGAUACCCGAAGGGGGGGGUGAUCAUUCUAUCAGGAUAGAUGGAAACAUGAAGACGGAUGAUGAGGAAAAUAAGAAAUCAUUUGUGGAAGUGGGGGACACUGUAGCUGUCUCCAAGCCUACAGAACCGAGUCAAGACCAACCAGAACCGGAUGACUCAAAAGCUGUUAGAGAUGUGGACCUAUGUCAACAGAAGCCAAACUCCCAGAGUGGUUCCAUCUCUCCUGGGGGGGUAGUAGGCAGUGAAAAAGGAUCAGAGGAGGCAGAAGAAGAGAUGGAGGCAGGGGAUGUGGAAAAAGAGAUACCUGAAGGGGGGGGUGAUCAUUCUAUCAGGAUAGAUGGAAACAUGAAGACGGAUGAUAAGGAAAAUAAGAAAUCAUUUGUGGAAGUGGGGGAUACGGAGCAUCAGUCCAUGAAAGAGGAAAAGACGGGCACAGAUGAGCGUGCAGAGCAACAUCCUGACCCCGGAGAGAAGGCCGAUGUUUCAAGCCAGAGUGAGACAGUAACGGCAGGAGUGAAGAACAAUGCAGACAAGGAGCAAGAUGACAAAAAAGACAAGGGUGGCAUAAAGGUAGACAGUCCGAUGGAGGGAGCAGGUUCAGAUGAGCAGGGAGAUAGCAAUGAGGAGAAGGCUAAAGGGACAGAACAGGGUGAGACAGAUCAAAAGCUAGAAGACUAGAAGGACACUGAUGAGUUGCUAGGUAGCAAACACUGUGAAAGGGACAUGAAGGGAGGCAGUCAGAGAGGGUAAUCAAUUCAAUUUUUUUUAAACAAGAAUACUGCUUUAAAAAUAUAAUAUACAAUGUUAUAAAUGUAAAAGUGAACAACGUGUUAAUCGUGAAUUAUGUAAAAAAAAUGUUUUCAGAGGAAACUGUUUUGCUGUAUGCUGAUCUUUUUUAUGUUGUAGCCUAUGAUUUAAAAAAAAUAUAAAAUAGCAAAAAAGGGGUAGGCAUGAGAGACAUUUUACUUUUAGAUUCGUUCUUUCACAUGCACACACAGCAGGAAUUGGAGAUGAAGACCAGAUAGUAAAAUAAUAUCUUAAGUGUCAUAAACCUGGGUAUAUGGGUGUUGAGAGAGGUCUUAGAGCGAGAAUACAGGUGGAAGUGGAAUUUCUUAUGCCAGUUUACCUGUCUACUUUUAUAAUUUUAAACUAUAUUUAAUAUAAUAAACUGGUAUGACGAGAUGCAUUUAAAACCAAAACAUACUUAAGUCAGUGCUUGGGAAAGGUGUUUAAAAAGACUGACAUGCCCCACCCAGCCAGACACUGGCACACAGUUGAACUUUACCACACCCAAGGUAACCUCUCUUUCCUUCAACACUUUAUCCAUUGUAACUGUAUCCAUUUAUAAUCUAUUAUUAAAUGAGAACAUAUGACCAUCUGUAUGUGUAAAAAAUAUAAUUUGAAACUUG